AUGCAGUCAAGAAACGGUUACGGCCUUUCUCCAUGGAAACUGUUGGUCACGGGCCUCGCAUUAAGCAAUUCUGGUCUUGCUGUUCCCGUAGAUGACAGCCCUCGUCAGUAUCUCCUAGCUGGUCUUGAUCUACCGCCGAAAUAUAGCAAAAAGCCAAAGUCGCCCUAUAAUCCCGACUAUAGGGACCCGUACGAUCGUGCCGUCGAUGCUGUAGGAGACAAAUUGGAUCCACUCCCCUAUCGCAAUGGAUUAGGCGCAUCUGUUCUCGGUCCAUGGAACAGAGAGAGGUCUCGCCAGUCUCCAGAUCUAGUGCGACCGCCCAGUACGGACCAUGGAAAUAUACAAAAUCUGCGCUGGAGCUUUGCCGAUUCCCAUGUGCGCAUUGAGGAAGGGGGAUGGACCCGGCAGACCACCGUCCGCGAAUUAGGUGCCAGCGUCGAACUGGCUGCCGUGAAUAUGCGCCUCGACAAGGGUGUAAUCCGUGAGUUGCACUGGCACAAAGAGGCCGAGUGGGCAUUUGUCCUGGACGGCGAAGUUCGUGUUACCGCUAUCGACUACGAAGGUGGGAACUUCAUAGACGAUCUCAAGAGAGGCGACUUAUGGUAUUUCCCAAGCGGCGUACCUCAUUCCCUUCAGGGAUUGGGCGAAAACGGUACCGAAUUCCUACUGAUCUUCGAUGACGGAAACUUUUCUGAGGAAUCUACUUUCAUCAUCUCUGAUUGGCUAGCUCAUACUCCCAAGUCCGUGGUCUCAAAGAAUUUCAACCUAGCACCCGAAGUAUUCAAACAUCUCCCCGCAGGAGAGAAGUACAUUUUCCAGGGCCGAGAGCCCGGCUCCAUCGACGAUGAGAAGCCCACAGGCAAGGGGGUCAAGAAAUCCAAGUACAACUUCGUCCACAGGAUGCUCGACCAGGAACCCCAUAAGACCAGCGGCGGCGAAGUCCGAAUCGCAGAUUCAAAUAAUUUCAAAGUCUCCAAGACCGUGGCGGCGGCCCACGUAACUAUCGAGCCCGGUGCCAUACGAGAGAUGCACUGGCACCCGAACGCCGAUGAAUGGAGUUUCUUCAUCAGAGGCCGAGCACGCGUCACCGUCUUCGCCGCCGAAGGAACAGCUCGGACUUUUGACUACGUGCAGGGCGACGUCGGGAUCGUCCCCGCAAACAACGGCCAUUUCGUCGAGAACAUCGGCGACGAGCCAGUUGAGAUGUUGGAGGUGUUUCGCGCGGAUGAAUUUAGGGAUUUUUCCCUCUUCCAGUGGUUAGGCGAGACGCCUAAGAAGAUGGUCAUCGAUCAUCUAUUCAAGGAUGACCCGGAGAACGGCGAGAUAUUCUGGAACAAGAUCAAGAACGCGGAAAAGGACGAAGUUACGCUUCCCAGCCCGGAUAACGAGAUGGAGUCGGGAGAACGAGAACUGUAA